CGUAGCCUGGGGCUUCACGUAUACGAGGAAGAAGAACAUUGAAUCCGACAUUUGUUUCUUCAUUUCAAGCUUAAUCUCUUCACAACCCUAUUGGUGAAAGCAAUUUGAUGUCAUGGUUCCAAUGGAAACUCAAGAGGCUACAUAUUCCUUACCAAAAGCGCAGAGUUAGAUUCUGUAGUACUCAACUAGAUGGUCCUGGAAUGGUGUCUUCAGCAAAUGUACCUGAGAUUUUGACUGAAGAUCGGGUUUGUGACACAGUAAUGCCCGAAGCUUCUUUUACAGAGUUACUUAUGGAUGUAGAGGAAGCUUCUUUGAUUAGAGAAGAAAGUAAUAGAACAAGUAAUGAUGCUGGUGCCGUUUUGGACCAAGAGUUUGCGUUUCGUUUUGCAGACCCUGCCUCUAUAUUAGAUACUCAAGGUUCUGCUGGAUCAGAUCAGGGAGCUCAAGGUACAGGUUCUACGCCAUCUUCAUCAGUUCUCGUCCAAAAUAUCACAACAGCAGCAGAUCAUUGGACUUUGAGAUCAACUUCUUUAGUUAACCAUUCAGAGGAUGUUCAUGAAGGUGGUGUUCAGCCUCCUAACAUCUCACAUAGCAGAUCAACAGUCAAUGCAUCAGCGGGUAUGUCUCUUUCCAACAAUCCUAUGGGACAGAGUCCUCGGUUACAUGUCCCUUCGUUCAGUGACAUAUGUGACCACGAGCUGGAGAAGCUGAGCAGAGAACAAGGGACCUUAAAGAAAAGCUUUGAAGAGACGACAUCAGAGUUGAUGGCUGAACUCGAGAGGAAGAUGGCUGAAGCACGCAGCGAGUAUGAUAAGAAAUACCAAGAGGUAGAUGCUGCAUAUAACGCUCAAGCUAAGAAGAAUGAAGCCUUAAGGAGUUUGGUUGCCAUGAACAGUCUCUUGGCGAAUGCUUACAAGUCUACUUGUCCAGUGAAGAGUGCAGCCACUGAUACUUUAACCGUAAGAGCUAGGAGCUCUCAACAUUCAACGCACACGCAUGUGAAUUCAACUGCUCCUCCUCGACCCUUAGUCACAGCAGCGGAAGCUACACCUCAAAAUCUUUCAACUGCCCGGAGCUCUCAACAUUCAACAACGCAGCAGCAGCAAGCAGUACAACCUAACACGCGUAUGAAUUCAACUGCUCCUCCUCGACCCUCAGUCACAGCAGCGGAAGCUACACCUCCAAAUCUUUCAGCUGCCAGGAGCUUUCAACAUUCAACAAUGCAGCAGCAGCAGCAAGCAGUACAAACUAACACGCAUAUGAAUUCAACUGCUCCUCCUCGACCCUCAGUCACAGCAGCGGCAGCUACACCUCCAAAUCUUUCAGCUCCUCUCCCACGCUGCAACGCUCCUCAACCGAGACCAAUAUCUCAGCAAGCAGCAGUAGAAUCAAACACACAGAUGCAUUCAACCGCCCUUCCUCGACCCUCAGUCACAGUAGAAGCUCGUCCUUUACAUCAACCACACAGCAACACGCCUCAGCCUAGACCAAUACCUCAGCAAGCAUUAGUACAAGCCAACACGGAUAUCAAUUCAACCGCCCUUCCUCAACCCUCAGUCACAGCAGAAGCUCCUCCUUUACAUCAACCAAGCAGCAAGACGCCGCAGCCAAAACCAAUAUCUCAGCUACCAGAAAUACAAUCAAACACGGAUAUCAAUUCAACCCCCCUUCCUCAACCCUCAGUCACAUCAAAAGCUAUAUCUCUGCAUUCACCGCCUUGCAACACACCUCAGCCAAGACCACCGCCCUUAAUCUCCAACCAUACUCCAACUUCUUAUCAAGCAGCUUCUGCUCCACCUGUACCUGGUAUAGUGCGACGGACCAUGGCGCCUCAUUUACGAUCAUCUCGAGCUCCCAACUCUGCUGCUGCACCAUCAACAUAUCCAAGAUUGGUUCAAGGACAACAACAGCAACAAGAGAAUUCAAACAGUGGCUUGGUCUAUCUCUCAGAUGACGACUAGUGACAUAUCUUUGGCAGUAGUUAAUAUAGUAUAUAGUUUUUG